AUGUUGAGUGCCCAGAGCCCCUAUUCGUCGACUUUGUCGUCAGGACCGGUGCCCUCGUCAGCGACAACAACGAUACCGUCCUACCUGACCUUGCCGGCUAAAAAGCCGUCCGGUUCAGUGUUAACGCGUGAAGGCGUGUUUUCCAGCCCCACCGAGUCUGAAUUUUCUGAUGGCUGCGACACUUUCGACUCUGUUCGGGCCUGGGAUGAGAAAAAAGUAAUUGACUGGCUACAUACCAUCCGCUGCGGACAGUAUGAAGCCAUAUUCAAAGCGAACCACUUCAAUGGCGAUAAUUUACUCGAUUGUGACCAGAAAAUACUACAAGAAAUGGGGAUUAAGAAAGUCGGUGACCGGGUGCGUAUCUUUGUUGCUGUCAAGCAAUUAAGAAACAAAACUGUAUCAAGUCGCAAAAAGAAAAAUAGAGAUUCUUUUAUCGCAUUAGACGCGUCGAAAUUCACACCGUCUUCUUCGGAAUCACCGCGCCCAACUACCGCUCGUCAACAAUCUGGUGGAGGCCGCCAGUGGCUUCGCCAGGAAAAUGGAAAGGCCUCACCGAGACCCUCUUCCCCUCUCACCGAGCAGGAUCGUGGAUUACGACCAUAUCGCUAUGCUGGUUCCAGCCCAGUAGAGAGCACUCGACGAGAGCCAGCACCUAGUAUAGCUCGUCCGUCUGAUACUGCACAAGCACCAAGGACUGCUGCACAUAUGAGACAAACCCCCAGUAUCGAUGGGCUUACAAUGAGCUCUCUACCCCCGAAUUCGCCUGUCAUCCGAGUUAUAUACACUGGGGGACAGACUAAAGUGCUGAAUGUCAAGCAUUGCAAAACCGCAGAUGACAUAAUGCUCGCUGUUCUGAGGAAGCUUUUAUUGCCCGAAAGUCAUUUUCGGAACUACUGCUUCUAUGUUUUGGACGGCCUAGAUCCCAACCCUGCAAAUUGCAGGCGAAUAUCCGACGCAGAGUUGCUGCAAAUAUGUGACGGAUCUGGUCGAGCGGAACGCGGUCGUUUGAUGUUAAGAAAGCUACACGCUGGAGAGCCUGAAGCUGAGGAACUUCAGCGAUCAGCUCAACUUGCAGUUGAUGAGAGCCAGGUUGCCCAUAUGAAUGCUUUGAGCUCCAGCAAUGUGAGAAAUCAAAUCAAGCUCCAAAAGCUAACGGGCGAAUCUUGGCACAAUAUCCGACAGCCUAGAUCGCCGUUGACGGCCACGGAUCGUCAAAAAGACGAGUUCCCCAAGCCAGCCGCGACCAGCCGAACGACCGAUGCCCAACAAGGCCCGAAACUUCGCUCGUUUUUCGGUGCUCGACCACCCAGUGAAAUGAUUAUUCAUGAAUUGACGUCAUAUUUCCCUAGCCAUCAAAAAGAAGAUAUUGAAAAGACGAUGCGCUUGUCAGUCCGGAGAUCACAGCGGCUCAGCCGUGCUGCCAGCCGCUUGAGUGUGGUUAGCAAUAUUAGCCUGGCUUCCAGUCUGAAGGAUGCGCCGCCUAUUCCUAGCAUUGCGGAUACAUGGUUGGCGGGAGCUGGACAGCAAGCCCGUGCGGCGAGGCCUCUUUCUGUUUCCAGAUUCAAUCUCCCUCAGAUUUCUUUCCGUGACUCGAUAGCGUCAUCCAACCUACAGCCUCUACAAGAAGAGUCGCCUGUAGAACCAAAUCGCAAGUCCUAUGUGUCAUUUGACAGUGCAUCCGAAGCCCCUGGUGCAGAAACUAGGCCCGGAUUCCUCGAGGAAUCUGCUAGUGUUGCUGCCACAGAUGGCGGCUCACUGAACGAACGAUUGAGCAUGCUGGUUGCUGAAGACGGUGAAGAGAACGAUGACGGACUCGCUGAUUUCCUUGCUGGAAACAAUUUCAGCAAUAGAAACUGGAUGAAAGGUUCUCUCAUCGGCGAGGGCUCUUUUGGCAGUGUCUUCCUCGCCCUUCAUGCUAUUACUGGCGAGCUUAUGGCUGUGAAACAAGUCGAACUUCCGUCCGCUACGAAAGGAACAGAAUUCGACAAGAGAAAAACGAGCAUGGUUAAUGCUCUAAAACAUGAAAUCGGCCUCCUGCAAGGUCUCCAGCAUUCGAAUAUUGUGCAGUACCUUGGUACUUCAACUGAUGAUCAACACCUGAAUAUUUUCCUGGAAUACGUGCCAGGAGGUUCCAUUGCAACUAUGCUUAAGCAGUAUAAUACGUUCCAGGAACCGUUGAUUAGAAAUUUCGUCAGGCAAAUUCUCUCAGGCCUAUCAUACCUUCACAGCCGCGACAUCAUUCACCGUGACAUCAAAGGUGCAAAUGUUCUAGUCGACAACAAGGGCCAAAUCAAAAUCUCAGAUUUCGGCAUAUCCAAACGCGUGGAAGCAUCAACCAUGCUUGGGGCCAGCUCUGGACACCUGCACCGCCCUUCGCUGCAAGGAAGUGUGUACUGGAUGGCGCCUGAGGUCGUCCGCCAGACUGCACAUACGAAAAAGGCAGACAUCUGGAGUCUUGGAUGCCUUGUUGUCGAAAUGUUCAUCGGCGCGCACCCCUUCCCUGACUGUAGUCAGCUACAGGCCAUCUUCGCCAUUGGAAAUAAUCGAGCUCGGCCGCCACCGCCAGAGAACGCUAGCAAGGACGCCAUGGCUUUCUUAGAUAUGACAUUUGAGCUUGAUCAUGAAAAACGGCCCAGUGCGGAUGACUUGUUGAAUAACCCUUUCUUAGGAGCUAUGAUUGCUUGA